AUACUCUUUUACAACUUGAUGGUUCUGCAAUAAGCCAUAGUGGUGUAUCAGAGGCUGCAAAUAAUUCUGAAGAUCUUUCAGGACUAACAGAAGAGGAAGAAGAUUUAUUGGACUCUUAUGGGGCAUAA